GGAAGUGACACACAGUCGCUGUUACAGAGAGGAGAAAUGGCUGAGAAAGGAGUUCAGUUGAACCGAGAAACAAUCUCUUGUUCCAUCUGUCUGGAUCUACUAAAGGAUCCGGUGACUCUUUCCUGUGGACACAGCUACUGCAUGAAGUGUAUUAAAGCCCACUGGGAUGGAGAGGAUGAGAAGAGAAUCUACAGCUGCCCUCAGUGCAGGAAGACCUUCACACCACGGCCUGUCCUGGAGAAAAGCACCAUGUUAGCAGAGUUAGUGGAGGAGCUGAAGAAGACUGGACUCCAAGCUGCUGCUGCUGAUCACUGCUAUGCUGGAGAUGAAGAUGUACCCUGUGAUGUCUGCACUGGGAGGAAACUGAAAGCCUCCAAGUCCUGUUUAGUCUGUCUGGCCUCUUUCUGUGAGAAACACCUUCAGCCUCACUAUGAUUCACCUCCAUUAAAGAAACACAAGCUGGUGGAGCCCUCCAAGAAGCUCCAGAAGAACAUCUGCUCUCAUCAUGACAAAGUGAUGGAAAUUUUCUGCCGCACUGAUCAGCAGUCUAUCUGUUAUCUCUGCUCUGUGGAUGAACAUAAAGGCCAUGACACAGUCUCAGCUGCAGCAGAAAGGACGGAGAGGCAGAGAGAGCUGGAGGUGAGUCGACAAAACAUCCAGCAGAGAAUCCAGGACAGAGAGAAAGAUGUGAAGCUGCUCCAACAGCAGAUGGAGGCCAUCAAUGGCUCUGCUGAUAAAGCAGUGAAGGACAGUGAGGAGAUGUUCACCCACAUCAUCCAUCUCAUCCAGAAAACAAGCCGAGAUGUGGAGCAGCAGAUCAGAUCCCAGCAGGAGACUGAAGUGAGUGGAGUGAAAGAGCUGAAGGAGAAGUUGGAGCAGGAGAUCAGAGAUCUGAAGAGGAAAGACGCUGAGCUGAAGCAGCUCUCACACACAGAGGAUCACAACCAGUUUCUCCACAACUACCCCUCAGUGUCAGCACUCAGUGAGUCCACACACUCAUCCUGCAUCGUCAUCCAUUCUCUGAGACACUUUGAGGAGGUGACAGCAGCUGUGUCAGAGCUCAGAGAUCAUCUACAGGACAUUGUGAGGGACACAUGGACAAACAUCUCACUGACAGGAACUCAACUGGAUGUUUCACUGUCAGAUUCACAAGCAGAGCCAAAGACCAGAGCUGGAUUCUUGAAAUAUUCACAUCAAAUCACUCUGGAUCCAAACACAGCACACAGAAAGCUGUUAUUAUCUGAAGGGAACAGAAAAAUAAAAUUUACUUACAAACAACAGUCUUAUUCUGAUCAUCAAGACAGAUUCACUAAACGCCUUCAGGUCAUGAGUAGAGAGAGUCUGACUGGACGUUGUUACUGGGAGGUGGAGUGGAGAGCAGAAGGUGUUUCUGUAGCAGUCACAUACAAGAAUAUCAGCAGAGCAGGAAGUAGGACUGAAUGUGGAUUUGGAUAUAAUGACAAAUCUUGGACCUUACGUUGUUAUCAAAACAGUUUUCAGUUUUGGUACAACAACAUCCAAACUCCCAUCUCAGGUCCUCUGUCCUCCAGAGUUGGAGUGUACCUGGAUCACAGUGCAGGUAUUCUGUCCUUCUACAGCGUCUCUGAAACCAUGACUCUCCUCCACAGAGUCCAGACCACAUUCACUCAGCAGAUACAUGCUGGACUUGGAGUUAAAUGUUCAUCUCUACCAAGUGCUGAGUUGUGUAAACUGAAGUAGACAGAGGUGACUGAAGGUGCAGUGAGUCUGAUUGUGUCUUUGAUUCUUUGACUCAUUUCACUCCAUCAUCGUUGCUCACAGCUCAUUGUUGUUUUAUUUCUACACUGAACCACUGAGUGGCUUAGUUUUUGUUGCUAAGAUAUUCAAACAUCAACCAGAAAAUGUGCAUCUGUAUCAGCUUCAACUAUGAAAUCAUAACAUUCAUGUUUCACUAUUUACAUUUUAUUGUAAAUAUUUCCACGUUCAAAUAUGUAUUUGAGUUGUCUUGAAGAAAAUAUUAUAUAAAGGAUCUGUUGUUUAUGUUGGAUGUUCUGGAGAAUAUAAUAAUAUUUGAUUCUAUUCAAUAGUUAUUUUAUUGGUUGAUGCUAGGUACGGACCGUUAAGGUCACUGAAGAGCUGGCGCCGGUUAACUACUAUUUGCUGCACAUUACAGGCAGUUUAUAUGAAUGACUUUGACGGCGAACAUUGUAUAAUUUAACCAAAAAUACACCGUCUCCUCUCACACUUUAGACAUUGCAGUUUUUACGCUUUUAGACGCCGUGUCUAAAUUGUUUGAAGCCCAGUUCCUAUUAAGUAGUUUACCGCGUUCAGUGGUGGAAGCGGCUGACGAACUCCAUUGCAAAUGUUCCCAUUUAAUUUCGGACGCUAAUUUACAAGAUAAAGUUAAGGAUGUCGAAUAUGAAACAAACACUCGUGAAUGGUGAGGAGCAGCUCUUUAAUUCGGCAUGAAUUUAAAAAAAAACACAAACUCGAUUUACUGUGAUAUUGUGAGAUUUGUUUGUGGUUAUGUAACUUAGCCAUUCAACAGAGUCCGCUAACAUUAAAGUGACUGACGUGCAUUGUCUGUGUUGACAGACGUAGAAAAUACGUCAGGGUUUUGUUUAGGUUGUUAAUAUGUAAUAGUCUGUCGCUACUUUUGAAGGUAAAAAAAUACUUGUAGUUUGCUGGCUGUUAGUUCCGCCAUUUGUUUUGUUUGCUGUUUGUGCUUUAUUAGAACAGGGUCACGUGGAUAAAAAGUUUUGCUAUUUUUGAUAGUAGUGCUGAUUUCAACCCCCAAAUCGCUGUCCGUGAAAAAGUCAGAUAAUGAUAUUUAUAAGACAUUAUGCAUGAUAGAAAAGAGAACAGCAGAUGACUGACAUGACAGGCUCGGCACGCAGAUUCACCUCGAAUCACGGAAGCGCCUUCAUCACUCGGAUUACGAAGCCGGCUCAUUAAUAUUUAUGUGCGUCGGAUUACCAGCCAAUCACAAAGCGCGUUCAUCAGCUGGCUCAUUAAUAUUCAUGUACGUCUCAUUAAUAUUUAUGAUAAGGGAAAGUGCCGUAUCCGUAGGCCACAGGCUACGGGUACGGGUCCGUAUCUGUAGACACUACCUAUUUGAUUACUGUUAUUUGGUGAUUUUUCACUUUGUUGAUUUGUUUUGUUUCUAGAUUGUUGACAAACUUGUGAUUCAGCUUCAUGGUAAUCUGCUAAUAAAGGACAAUAAAUGAAUGA